AAAUAAAAAAAUCCAGCGUGGUUUUGUUCUUCCAAGCAUGUCCUCGACCCCGCUUUUCAACACCCCAGCACCGCCACCUCCCUCCAUAAACCGUACCACUCUCUCAUGCAGCAGCACCACCGCGGCCACCAACUUCCCACUAUCACCAAACAAGCUAGCUGUUCUCUUAGAUAAAUCCAAUACCAUCCGCCAACUACUUCAAAUCCACGCAGCUCUUCUCCGCCACGGCCUUCACCAACACCCCAUCCUAAACUUCAAACUUCAACGCUCCUACUCUUCUCGAGGCCGUCUUGACUAUUCUGUCGCUCUCUUCAAACGAACUCUCAACCCCAACAUCUUUCUUUACACUUCUAUCAUUAAUGCCUAUGCCCUUCAUGGUCUCUCCCUAGAAGCUUUAUUUAUCUAUACACGAAUGUUAUUCGAAGGUGUUCAGCCUAAUGAGUUUACAUUCUCAUCUAUAUUGAAAUCUUGUUCUAUUGAACAUGGAAAAAUGCUUCAUUCCCAAGUUAUCAAACUUGGGUUUGAUUCAGAUUUGUAUGUAAAGACAGGUCUAGUUGAUCUUUACGCUAGAGGGGGUGAUGUUGGGUCUGCUCAACUUGUGUUUGAGAGAAUGCUUGAAAAGAGUUUAGUUUCUUUGACCGCGAUGCUAACUUGUUACGCGAAACAUGGGGAGCUUGAGGAAGCAAGAGUGCUGUUUGAUGAAAUGGUGAAGAAGGAUGUGGUUUGUUGGAAUGUAAUGAUUGAUGGCUAUGCUCAACAUGGAAUGCCUAAUGAAGCUUUGGUGCUAUUCAGGCGAAUGUUGGCAGCGAAAGCUAGGCCUAAUGAAAUCACUAUAUUAGCUGUUUUAUCAGCUUGUGGGCAGCUUGGAGCUUUGGAGUCAGGCAGAUGGCUUCAUUCAUAUAUAGAGAAUAAUGAUAUUCAAGUGAAUGUUCGUGUUGCUACUGCUUUGCUUGAUAUGUAUAGCAAAUGCGGGAGCUUGGAGGAUGCAAGAUUGGUGUUCGAUAGGAUUCCUGAUAAGGAUGUUGUUGCAUGGAAUUCAAUGAUUAUAGGGUAUGCCUUGCACGGGUUUAGCCGCGAUGCAUUGGAAUUGUUCCAGGAAAUGUGCAGGAUUGGUUUGCGCUCUACUGAUAUUACAUUCAUUGGCGUUUUGGGUGCAUGUGGUCACGCUGGUUUGGUCAAAGAGGGAUGGAGUUUUUUCAAUGCAAUGAGAGAUGAGUAUGAUAUUGAACCCAAGAUUGAACAUUAUGGAUGUAUGGUAAAUCUGCUUGGUCGCGCUGGUCAAUUGGAAGAGGCAUAUGAGCUUGUGAAGAACAUGAAGAUGGAACCUGAUCCCGUCUUGUGGGGAGCUUUGCUUGGGGCUUGUAGGUUACAUGGUAAUCUUGAUAUGGGAGAGAAAAUUGCCGAGUCUCUUGUUGGCCACAAUCUUGCUAAUUCAGGGACUUGUAUUCUUCUUUCCAACAUGUAUGCUGCGAAAGGCAAUUGGGAAGGGGUGGCAAGGAUAAGGACCUUGAUGAAAGACAGUGGGGUACAGAAGGAGCCUGGUUGUAGCUCAAUUGAAGUCAACAAUAGGGUGCACGAGUUCCUUGCUGGGGAUUUGAAACACCCAAAAAGCAAAGAAAUAUAUCUAAUGUUGGAGGAAAUGAAUGGUUGGCUCAAAGCUCAUGGUUACAUCCCUCAAACAGAUAUUGUACUGCAUGACAUAGGGGAUUUACAGAAAGAGCAAUCGCUUGAAGUUCACAGCGAGAAGCUUGCUCUUGCAUACGGGCUUAUCAGCACACAACAUGGGACCCCUAUCAAGAUUGUCAAAAACCUCCGGGUGUGUUCAGAUUGCCAUGCUGCCACCAAGUUGUUCUCUAAAAUUACCGGUCGUAAAAUUGUAAUGAGGGACCGGAACCGGUUCCACCAUUUUGCAAAUGGUUCAUGUUCAUGCGGGGACUACUGGUGAUCUUCUGUAAAAGAAUUACACAAACAUUUUAGGGGAAAAUGACAAUUUUCAUCACCCUCUGGCUACAACGAUGUGAUUGUAGAAUGCGUGUAAAAUCAUUCAGAAGACAAGGGUAUUAUCCAAAUAAAGACUUACCAGAGAUAAAAUUCAUACCACUAUAAAUGCAACAAAGCUUUUAUGUACUUUUUCAGACGUCAAAAUCAGAAGAAAUGAUAAUAUUCAACACACA